AUGGCUAUGCAGAUGCAGCUGGAAGCAAAUGCAGAUACUUCAGUGGAAGAAGAGAGCUUUGGCCCACAACCUAUUUCACGAUUAGAGCAAUGUGGCAUAAAUGCCAAUGAUGUGAAGAAAUUGGAAGAAGCUGGAUUCCAUACUGUGGAGGCUGUUGCCUACGCACCAAAAAAGGAGCUAAUAAAUAUUAAGGGGAUUAGUGAAGCCAAAGCUGAUAAAAUUCUGACGGAGGCAGCUAAAUUAGUUCCAAUGGGUUUUACCACUGCAACUGAGUUCCACCAAAGGCGAUCAGAGAUCAUACAAAUUACUACUGGCUCUAAAGAACUCGACAAACUACUUCAAGGAGGAAUUGAAACUGGAUCCAUCACAGAGAUGUUUGGAGAAUUCCGAACUGGGAAGACCCAGAUCUGUCAUACAUUGGCUGUAACAUGCCAGCUUCCCAUUGACCGGGGUGGAGGUGAAGGAAAGGCCAUGUACAUUGACACCGAGGGUACCUUUAGGCCAGAGCGGCUGCUAGCAGUGGCUGAGAGAUACGGCCUCUCUGGCAGUGACGUCCUAGAUAAUGUAGCAUAUGCUCGUGGGUUCAACACAGACCACCAGACCCAGCUGCUUUACCAGGCAUCCGCUAUGAUGGCAGAGUCCAGGUAUGCACUGCUGAUUGUAGACAGUGCCACUGCCCUCUACAGAACAGACUACUCCGGUCGAGGUGAACUUUCAGCCAGGCAGAUGCACUUGGCCAGGUUUCUGCGGAUGCUUCUGCGACUUGCUGAUGAGUUUGGUGUAGCUGUGGUAAUCACCAACCAGGUGGUAGCCCAAGUGGAUGGAGCGGCCAUGUUUGCUGCGGAUCCUAAAAAACCUAUUGGAGGAAAUAUCAUUGCUCAUGCCUCAACAACCAGACUGUACUUGAGAAAAGGAAGAGGGGAAACCAGAAUCUGCAAAAUCUACGACUCUCCCUGCCUUCCUGAAGCUGAAGCUAUGUUUGCCAUCAAUGCGGAUGGAGUGGGAGACGCCAAAGACUGA